AUAAACGACAACAUACUUUUUGUUUCAACGAAAACGGCUGAACAGAACCGAAGACGGCUUAUUUCUGUUAUUCAAAUUUCAAACCAGUCUUCUCUUUCCUUUCUCGAUCGCUUCGUCUGUUCUGCGAUGAUCCGAUUCAUACUCUUACAGAAUCGGCAAGGCAAGACCCGUCUGGCAAAGUACUACGUUCCCCUCGAGGAUUCUGAGAAACACAAGGUUGAAUAUGAGGUUCAUCGUUUGGUGGUAAACAGAGAUCCCAAAUUCACAAAUUUCGUUGAGUUUCGUACACACAAGGUAAUCUACAGGCGUUAUGCUGGACUGUUUUUCUCGUUGUGUGUCGAUAUUACAGAUAAUGAGUUAGCAUAUCUGGAGUGCAUUCAUUUAUUUGUGGAGAUUUUGGAUCAUUUCUUUAGCAACGUUUGCGAGCUAGAUCUGGUUUUUAACUUCCACAAGGUUUAUCUCAUACUUGAUGAGUUCAUUCUUGCUGGAGAGCUCCAGGAAACUAGCAAGAAGGCAAUUAUUGAGAGAAUGGGGGAGCUGGAAAAACUAGAGUAACAAUUCUGUGGUGAAGAGUGUAGAUGCUGCAGGGCAUUCUGUGUUUCUGGGUCUCUAAGACUUGGUUACCUUGGAAUUGGAAGAUGUGAUGCUCUCUAGUGUAACAUCAGAAAUGGAACUGAUAAUGUUUCUACCUCAUCUUUGCAUUUCUUUCAUCUAAUUUUGACAAUUUCAUGUGAUAUUCUAUCACCAUAGGCGAGAGAGUGCUUUCUGUUGAGUGGGCUGUGAUUAUUAUAUCUGAAAUAUUUUUCAACGUGUAACCUGUUUGUAGUUUCCAACUUUGGUUUUAUAUCCA